UAGGGUCACUGUUAAUCCAACUGCAGGUGCUACAAAGUACAAUCACCUUAGAAACUCGCUUUGUUUGUUUUCAUCGGAGACCAAACUUCUGGCGGAUUGUAAUAUUAGUCAGUAAGACUUUAUAGAGUUUUUCUUUCAGAUCUCACUAAUUGUUACUUUGGCUGCAUUGACAAAAUGUUGAACAGAUAGUGCAAACAUCUUCGUUUGAUUGACAUUCAUUUAUCUCUUGAUGUAAACAUAACAUCUCGAGCCCCUCAUGAUGAGCUCUUUCUACCUUAGCUAUCUUACGUGCACUAUCUUGUUGGUCAGCGAACUGGUAGCCAUGGAAUCACUGACCAACGUCCUAUCCAGUUCAUUUACGUUAGCCACUAGUGCACGCUGGGACGAUAGUGUCCUACCAUCUCUUAGCUCAACAGAACCACAAAACAGAAGGUCGUUGGUAGCUUCAGUCCCCAAUGAAACGUCAACUACAAACUCUCUUGAUGGUUGGUUGAAAUCUUUACCUAAUACAGACCUUCACUUUCAACAGACAUUUUCAGGCUUGAACUUGAAUAGCCAGACGAUAUCAACUGAAAUGACAGAGACAUCACCUGUAGACGAUAACAGUAUUUCUGACAUGUCGAUACCUACAGUUUCAUUGUUAAACCCCAGUGUCAUUAAGAGUGGCCAAAUCAAUGACAUGUCAACAAAGUUAACGUCAGCCAACAACGUAUCAACAAACCUUGAUAUCCACUUAGUGUCAGCUUCAUAUUUUGAGAGGGUGACAGAGACACCGAGGUUACCAGACAUGACUGAACUCUAUGAAGGAUCCAGUGGACUUAGCGAUGCUUCGGCAGGAAAUGUGAUAUUAUCUACAGAUUUUUCUUCAUCAGCGUCAUCCUCUUUGAUGACAUAUUUAUCAACGUCGCCGAUAGUAACUGUCCAAAUAAAGGAAUUUCCAUCGACAUCAAACUUGUUCAUACUUCCUACAGAGUCAACUGUGCCAAGGACGUCAAUUCCAUCCACAGAGAUUCCCCACAAGGCAGUUGUGAACUUAAAUAGUUCUAAGAUUCUUAUUUUACCAUCAACGAUUGGCAUUACGUCUGCAGACAUCUCACUGAAUGUUACGGAUUAUAUGUCACCUUUGGUUCUUCCAACGUCGGAUUUUAUGACACAAGUUUUAAUGUCCACCAGUCCAUCCACAGGACUCACGUCAUCAUAUUAUACGUCACCAGGAAAAACUUUAUCAGAAGAAUCAACCACACCUUAUCUUACUUCACCAUCAAAGCUUCUAUCAACAGAACCCAUUACAACUGAUCUUAGUGAAGCAAAACUUUUAUCAACAGAACACAUUGCACCUGAUUUUAGUGAAUCAAAACUUUUAUCAACAGAACCCAUUACACCUGAUUUUAGUGAAGCAAAAUUUCUAUCAACAGAAUUCAUUACACCUUAUCUUAGUUCACUAUCAAAACUUUUAUCAACAGAACCUAUUUCACCUGAUCUUAGUGAUGAAAAACGUGUAUCAACAGAAACCAUUACACCUGAUCAUAGUUCACCAGGAAAAACAUUAUCAACAGAGCCUCCUACAACCUAUUUAACUUUACCAGUAAAACCUUUAUCAACAGAACUGUUCAUGCCAAUGUUUACUACACCAGCACUAAGCUCAUCAACAGAGCUCGUCACACCAUCUAUUACCACACCAGAGGCAACUCCGCCAACUGAUGGUGUUACCUCAAAGUUCAGUACCCCAGCUACACCACGGACUAUCAAUAGCACUCGAGCACUAGACAAACAAUCUGCCAGUCUCAAAAUUCCGUUUAAGAUCAAAUACAGUCUGACGUUUUUACCCGAAUAUUUAGACAACACUUCAUCUGCAUAUGGGAAUAUUUCAAACCGAUUUUCUGACCAACUAUCAGAUCAAUUUCAAGACGUAACUCAUUUUAAAGAUUUAAGUAUUCGGACACUCAGGAAUGGUAGUAUUGUGGUAGACUUUGAUUUGAGACUGUCAGCUUACAAGGAAGAGACGGGAAUGAUAAACACAAGUCAGCUCAAAGAAGACCUGGACAAGGUGAAAGGUCGAUUGGCUACUAUACCUGACAUUGAUAAGACAUACCUGGAGAAUGAAUAUGUUACCUAUGUGGACAAAGGCAUCAAGUUAGCUAACUCUGCUCUACAAAACGUGUGCAUGUUUCAAGACGUCUGCUCAGACUCACAGUACGUGUGUGAUUCUAAAAGUGCAACUUGCCUGCUGCAAUGUCGAGCUGAAGACACAAUAACUCGAGAGAAUCCAUACAGAGUCAUGUGUAGAUGUUUAGUUGGUGGUCAGGUGAUGGACGUACCCAACGAAGAGACGUGCUGGAACACCAGAGGGCACAGUUCGAGACAUUUAAGAACUCCUGAGAUCAUAGCUUUAUGUGUGAGUCUGUCACUGGCUGCCAUCAUGAUGACUGUCAUUGUCACUGUCUGGGUCUUUAAAGAUAAACGUACAAGAAGGUCAAAUCAUGCUAACAAAGAUGUUCAAGUAUUAUUGAACAACGAUGGCAAGAUACAUUUUAAGGAGAACCAAGAUGUCUUAGAUGACAACAUCUCUGUAGAGAUUCAGACUACAGAAUUUAGAAAUAUUCCAGAAACAAAAAAUGAUUCACCAGAAAAACGCAGUUCUACCACAAAUCCGGGCAUGUUUCGACACAGCAACGUCACGCAAGUACUUACAGUGCCAGAGAUCAGACACUCCCAAGAGGACAAUACCUCUCUGGAUGACAUGGACUUCGGUCCUGUGGUCAAUAGUUAUGGUAACCAGGACAUGUCAGACUAUGGGGACAGUGAAUUCAAUUGGAGGAACAUUGUCGUCAAAAAGAAACCACUCAAGUUGCCGAGAGUUUCUAGGAUUACUGACUAAGAAUUACUUUCAUUCAAGUGGCAUGAUGAUGCAAUAGGAAGGAUUGGGGGCUUUUCGUUUCUCACAAGUGUAAAUAGAGGAACAGACAUUUAAAAAAAAAAAUCAUUUCUUGAAGUAUUCCAUUUUGUCUUAGUCUCUAAUGCAGAUCUAGUGAUUAGUCUCCCUUCAAACUACGCUGUGGUCUGUUAGAUACUGAACCAUUGUUUACUAUGAUGAUAGUGCUCAACAAAAAUGUCCCAGCAUCGCGGAGAGUCUCAACGUUUAGAGAAACUCUGUUCACUCAUUUUAUUGGUUUUGUGUAUGUGUGUACAUCAUCUCGUGGUUCUGACACACAUUUUGAGUGCACUGUUCAGAGUAGACUAUCUCCUAUACACAAAGAAAAUGUCACAUCUAUUAAGCAUACCAGUAUGCACAUCAAUCAACCGCCCGAUAUAUACCAGAUCAAGUAGAAGCAUCACUUAAGCCAUAGAUUCUCAACCUGUUGGUCGCGACCCCUUUGGGGGCUCGAAUGAUCAUUUGUCAGGGGUCGCCUAAGAACUUCGGAAAUUUGGGUUUUUAUCUAUUUAUCAUCUGUAUUUUUUUUAAUAAGCAUAGUUGGUACCAAGUAUACAUUUUCAUUUAAUAUAACAAAACAAAGGGACAUUACUGUCACAUUUUGCAUAUUAAUUUUGGUUUGAUAAAUUAUGAAAUGAUCGUCAAAGCAAAAUUUAUUAAAAAAUCAAGGUGACCUAUUUAAGAAGACGAAUAUUUUGUUAGAGGCUACAGAUAGCACUUUGAGUGAGUGUGUAGCAUCACUGUGUAAAGGUAGACAUGUUACUUCCAUUGAUAGUUACUUCUUUGUACUGAGUUGGAUACGUUCACCAUGUUCUGCUAGUUGACACUAAUGUAAUGUGGUGGUCAAGAAACAAUUUUUUUUUUUGAAUCUUCUUGAAAUAGUUUUGUUUUAUUAGAAAGAAAAAAAAAACACAGAAAAUUGCCGGCAUUGUAGACAUCUUUGUCCCCUUGAAUAAUUCAAUGUUAUAAUGCAAGGAUUCAAAUACAUUAUGCCUCGAUUGGUUUGAAAAGAUCCAUUCGUCCAUUGAAACUUCAACUUUGGCAAACAAAACUGGAUGAAAUUAAAACAUAUCUUGCCAACGUGAUCUGCUUUCUAUGAGUAAAAUAGGGCAUUGAAUCUGACAGACCGACUACAAUGGUAAUGUAUGGCAAAAACACUAGCUUGCGAGUGACAUUUCACCAAACUUCCAUAUCUAGAAGACAUCCUGUUGACACUUUCUAGAGGUCAAAGUUGAAGAUGUUCCGGAGACAGAAAGAGUUUAUUGAGCUCAUCAAAAGCAAUGCAGCUCAAAAUGUGACACAAUUCUGGAUCACGUGUUUUUUACAGGCAUAUCCCAUUUUGAGAUUGUGUUGCGCCUUCUUUAUCCAUGGCUAACAGUAGGCAUAGAGUUUGCAAAGCCUUUAUGUUUCGCUUAACUUUUAAAAUUCUCACACGAGUAUAUGCCCAUGUGGUGAAUAAGCAAAUAGAAAAGUUAAUAAAUAUAAGUCAUAAAGAAAAUUUUUUGUUAGCAAUUUAAUUAUAAAACACAUUUAUGUUACACUCAUUACAAUUACAUAAGCUAUUACUGUGUUAAAUUUCUACCAGUGACAAGACAUAAUAAAUCAGAUAUAAACAUUGUGAUAACGAUAUUAUAGCAUUAACAAAUUUCCAUUUACCUAGGCCUGUGAAUGAAACAAAAAAUUACUGUUGGGGUUCGCUGCCUAGUGGGGAAUCCUUUUAAGGGGUCGCAGCAACAAAAAGGUUGAGAACCGCUGACUUAAGAAAAACAGUGUGUACACAACAAAGUAACUGAAAAACUUUGAGUAUUUCAGUGUUUGGGUUUAUGUAGAAAUCAAGGUAUCAAGAUCGCUUCGGUAGAGCUAUGUGAACAUAUCAAGAUAUCAACAUCACAGGAUGUAUUGCUGCGUGUAGAAAUAAAGAUAUCAACAUCACAGGAUGUAUUGCUGCGUGUAGAAAUAAAGAUAUCAACAUCACGGAUGUAAUGCUGUAUGUACAGAAAGCAUCUCGAUUGUGUUUUCAAAACUGUUUGAUCUAGGUUACAUAUCACAAACUAGUUUCAUUCUACCAGCUGCAUACACAAUAACUGAUGUUAAAGGGAAGUAACAGAGUUUUUACUCCUUGAAAUUAUUUAAAAGUACUAGUGAAAAUCCUGAAAAGAUUGAGCGCACAUUCUAAACACACAUUAGAACUUCAUUUCGCUGGUACAUUCACACAAGUUCACUUUCACUGGUACAUUCACACAAGUUAACUUCCUAUGUACUAGGCAAUAAGUGGGACUAGCGAAGCUUAUAAUUUGUUUGCAUUCAAUUAGUUUGUGUCUAAAAUAAGCUUCUCGAAUAUAAUCGAAGAAUGUAAUAAUUAUUUUAACUCUCUUCUAUUCAGGAGUUUUAGUUCUUGGAAAAUGUUCCUAUUUUAAUAGUAUGGGAAAUUCUCGAAGCUAAUGUGUAGGUGACAUUUUUUUUUUUUUUGCACAUUUGAUGAGAUCGUGUCAUCUUGAUGUCUACAAUCGGUUAACAAUUACAAAAUUAUGUACAUUUUAUUUGUAAAUACAAGUCCUAUACCAUG